GUCGGGGCGGGGCGCCGCACCUAGCCCUUCCCUGCCGCGCGCUCCUCCCCCACCCCGCGCCCCGCCCCGCCCCGCCCAGCCCCGCCGCCCAGCCGCCCUCGCAAUAAGGGGCCUGAGCGCGCGGGGGAGAAGCGGGAGCGGGAGCGAGAGCGAGCUGGCCGCGCCGUCGGGCGCCGGGCCGGGCCAUGGAGCUGUGGCCGUGUCUGGCCGCGGCGCUGCUGUUGCUGCUGCUGCUGGUGCAGCUGAGCCGCGCGGCCGAGUUCUACGCCAAGGUCGCCCUGUACUGCGCGCUGUGCUUCACGGUGUCCGCCGUGGCCUCGCUCGUCUGCCUGCUGCGCCACGGCGGCCGGACGGUGGAGAACAUGAGCAUCAUCGGCUGGUUCGUGCGAAGCUUCAAGUACUUUUACGGGCUCCGCUUCGAGGUGCGGGACCCGCGCAGGCUGCAGGAGGCCCAGCCCUGUGUCAUCGUCUCCAACCAUCAAAGCAUCCUGGACAUGAUGGGCCUCAUGGAGGUCCUUCCGGAGCGCUGCGUGCAGAUCGCCAAGCGGGAGCUGCUCUUCCUGGGGCCUGUGGGCCUCAUCAUGUACCUCGGGGGUGUCUUCUUCAUCAACCGGCAGCGCUCUAGCACUGCCAUGACAGUGAUGGCCGACCUGGGCGAGCGCAUGGUCAGGGAGAACGUGGGGUCCCAUGCCAGCUGCUUUGCGAAGUGGGGCUUCUUAGGAGGCGAGGCGGCGUGGCCUUUCUGGGGCGGCCUGGGCAUGAGGUCAGUCCAGGCUCUUCUCUCCCUGCAGCUCAAAGUGUGGAUCUAUCCCGAGGGUACUCGCAAUGACAAUGGGGACCUGCUGCCUUUUAAGAAGGGUGCCUUCUACCUGGCAGUCCAGGCACAGGUGCCCAUCGUCCCAGUGGUGUAUUCCUCCUUCUCCUCCUUCUACAACACCAAGAAGAAGUUUUUCACUUCAGGAACAGUCACAGUGCAGGUGCUGGAAGCCAUCCCCACCAGCGGCCUCACUGCGGCGGACGUCCCUGCGCUCGUGGACACCUGCCACCGGGCCAUGAGGACCACCUUCCUCCACAUCUCCAAGACCCCCCAGGAGAACGGGGCCACUGCGGGGUCUGGCGUGCAGCCGGCCCAGUAGCCCAGACCACGGCAGGGCAUGACCUGGGGAGGGCAGGUGGAAGCCGAUGGCUGGAGGAUGGGCAGAGGGGACCCCUCCGGGCUUCCAAAUACCACUCUGUCCGGCUCCCCCGGCUCUCACUCAGCCCGGGAAGCAGGAAGCCCCUUCUGUCACUGGCCUCAGACACAGGCCCCUGGUGUCCCCUGCAGGGGGCUCAGCUGGACCCUCCCUGGGCUCGAGGGCAGGGACUCGCGCCCACGGCGCCUCUGGGAGCUGGGAUGACGAAGAUGAGGCUUGCGGCUGUGGCCCGCUGGUGGGCUGAGCCACAAGGCCCCCGAUGGCCCGGGAGCAGAUGGGAGGACCCCGAGGCCAGACGCACACUGUCCGAGCCCUCUGCUCAGCCGCCUGGGACCCACCAGGCUGCAGCUGGGCUCCAGGGUCCAGCCCACAAGCUGUAUCAGGCUCUCUGGGAGAGGAGGGGCCUGGAGGGCCGGGAGUCCCAGACUCACGCACCCUGGGCCACAGGGAGCCGGGAAUCAGGGCCUGCUGCUCCUGCCGGCCUGGAAGACUCUGUGGGGUCAGCACUGUACUCCGUUGCUGUUUUUUUAUAAACACACUCUUGGAAGUGGC